AUGACAUCGCGAAUGACGUCGCAAAUGACUUCGCAAGCACCGCAUCCCUCAAUCCGCGCGCCAGCCGCCGCUUUGCACAUCGACAUUCCCCCGAUUCCGCGUUCCCCGUCGUCCCGCCGCCGUUCCGCCCCCCGUCGGCCCCCCCUUGCGCCUCCGCAAGUCGCCCAGCCCUCCCUGUCGGACCCCGCGGAAGCUCCCGCGGAGGUUUUUGUGCGCUUCCUGCAGCCCACUGCUCCGCCAUUGCGCUCCCCCGCCACGCCCGCGCGCGUAAAACCUUCGGCUUUUGGUCCCCCCGCCGCCGAUACGCACCCAAAUAGCCCCGGCUCACGACCUUCCCCCCGUCCCCCCUUUCCCCGCGUUUUUUCCCCUCGCUCCGCACCAUCCCCCGCCUUCUCCGAGAAGCUCUCCCCCAGCGCGCAACUUUCCGCCAGCGCGCCUUCCGCCACUGCGCAGUCCCCCGAUUUUUCCUCCGCGCGCGCGCAGUUUCCCGCUUCCUUAGACGCGCCUUCCCCCGGCGGCAGUCACAGUCAGGCGGGCGUUUCCCCGGGCAGCAGCACGAGCCAAUCGACAGGUGCCACGUGGCGGCCCGCGCAGGUGCGCGCGCAUCCAAGCAGGAACGCGAGGAGCGCAUUUCGACAAUCGCAGUUGAGAAGCGGCGACGCGCAGCCGCCUUUUCCGGCGCCAGAUGCGGCGGAAAAAGAGGGGACGGGAGAAAGCGCGAGAAAGAGAACUGGAAGAAGGGGAUUGAAAAAGGGAGAGGCGGAGGAGGUGGCGGAUAAAGCGGCGACAAGAGCGGAAGCAGGGAAAGGCAGGAUAGGAGAACGAACGGAAAACGGGGAAGGAGGGGGGAGAGGAACCGGCUCGUCCCAGUUAACUCAGGGGAAAGGCUCGGCGCAGCUGAGUCAAGGCACAGGGGAUGGUGAUGGCUCUGUGCUGUGGGUGUGUGAACCGUCAGCACGUGAUAUGGAUCGAGCAGCAGCAGUUGGGGCGGAUCUAACUCUGAACGGUGCAGAUCGAGUCUUGGACGGUGCAUAUCGAGCAGUGGACGGUAUGGAUCUUGCAUGGAUCGAAGCUUGUGGGAAGGAUUCCUUGGGGCAUGGCCAUGGCGAUCCAGCCAUCACCCGUGCUGCCACUGCUGCUGCCGCUGCUGCUGCUGGUGCUGCUGCAUCUGCUUCUCCUGUUCCCCUUUCAGGUAAGCUCACGAGGAAAGACAAAACAGCUGCACGGCUCAUGCAGAGUGCUGGACGUGCAAUCUCCGGCCGGCAGAAGAGCGGGCGGCAGACUUUGGAUGGCAUUUGCAGCAUAACAGCAGAUGGGCUUUUUGAAAUGAUUCCAAACCAGCAGCAGCAGCGGUUGGUGGUUCGGCCUAAUUCUGCACCCGGACAUGGGGGCCCUAAUACCAUUAUUGAUUAUGACACUAACUCUAAUCUUAUUUCGACUUUGAUUUCGGGAUUCGAUUGGGGUGCUUAUGUGGAGGAUGAGGGGAGUGGCGAAAGCAGCAGUGGCGUACAUAGGCUCGGCAGCGGCAGUUUCGCCAGGUUCGGCAGACAGAGCGUGCCUAGGUUCGGUAGCGACAGCCUCUCGAGGUUCGGUACUGGGGGGAGCCAAAGGCUCGGAAACGGCAGCCUCGGCCGAAGCAGCAGAUUGAAGUUUCAGUGGAGGCUUGGGAAAAUGCGGAGAGUCGGGAGUGUGGGAGGAAUUAUGGAUGCUGGUAGUAAUGGGGAGGAAGGGGUGUCGCUAAAUCGAAGGUGCUUAAAUCGAGAAAGGGGUGCAGAGGUGUUUGUGAGUGAGUGGGUGGAUGUGACACCAGAUGAGUGUAGAGUGAGUGUGGUGAAGGAGGGGAGGAGGAAGAAGAAAGGGAGGAAGAAAGGGGAGGAGGAGGAUGGCAAGGGGAUGAGUGAGGGUGAGAUAAAGUUAAUCGCAGGGACAGGUGGUUAUAUGGAAGAAUCUUGUAACGCGGAUUCGGUGUGCAAAGAGCAGGAGGAGCAGAGGGGGAAGGAGGGGAAGGAGGGGAAGGAGGGGAAGGAGGGGAAGGAGGGGAGGGAGAGGAGGGAGAGGAAGGAGGGGAAGGAGGGGAAGGAGGGGAAGGAGGGGAAGGAGGGGAAGGAGGGGAAGGAGGGGAGGGAGAGGAGGGAGAGGAAGGAGGGGAAGGAGGGGAAGGAGGGGAAGGAGGGGAAGGAGGGGAAGGAGGGGAAGGAGGGGAAGGAGGGGAAGGAAGGGCAGGAGGUUGGGAAGGGAGUGUGCACUCUCGAUCGCAGCCUUUUGUCAUCACAGGAUUACCCAGCUCCACUCACUCCCCACUCCCUCAAACACCCGCCUCUCACUCCCCCCGUCCUCACCCCACGCUCCCCCCUUCCCCCCGACUCCCCCCUUCCCCCCGACUCCCCCUUCCUCCGCGUUCUGGCCUCCCCCCGCCCUCCCCGCGAUUCCCCCUUCCGCCCCCCCCAAAAGCAAAGCUUUCAGUGGCAGCAGGAGCAGCUGCCACGUCAGCUCUCGCCACGUCAGCAGUUCAGUGAGGAGGUCCCAGGGUCUGACGUGGCACACAGACAGUGGGGAGGGGACGAGGAGGAAGGAGGGGAGGGGGAAGAAGGAGAGUGGGAGGAGGAGGAGGAGGAGGAGGAGGAGGAGGAGGAGGAGGAGGAGGAGGAGGAGGAGGAGGAGGAGGAGGAGGAGGAGGAGGAGGAGGAGGAGGAGGAGGAGGAGGAAUGUGAGGGGGAGGAUGAAGAGGAAGAGGAGGAAGAAGAAGAGGAGGAAUGUGAGGGGGAAGAGGAGGAAUGUGAGGGGGAAGAGGAGGAAUGUGAGGGGGAAGAGGAGGAAUGUGAGGGGGAGGAUGAUGCACUCAGCAUGGUGGCACCUGGUCCGUACACUGCUGGUAACCACGUUGGUAACCAGUAUGAGUAUGUUGCUGAUGGUGGUGCUGUUGAUGAUGAGGAGGAGGAGGAAGUGGGGGAGAAGUGGCAAAGGGAGGAAGAGGGGACAGGGAAACCAGGGGUGAAGAGAGAGGAGGAAACAGCAGAAGUGGAGCAGGAGGAGGAGGAGGAGAAAGAGGAGGGAGGGGGAGAAGUGGUAACUGGGGAAGAGGAGAAACCUAUCGAUAAGAGAAGAGGGGAGGAAGCGAGUGCAGGUACUGCUUCUAGUGGUAAUAUUUCAUAUCCUGAGUUACCUGAUGCUGAAAGUGACAAUGGUGGUGCUGGUGUUGCUGCUGCUGCUGCUGCUGCUGCUGCUGCUGCUGCUGCUGCUGCUGCUGCUGCUGCUGCUGCUGCUGCUGCUGCUGCUGCUGCUGCUGCUGCUGCUGCUGCUGCUGCUGCUGCUGCUGCUGCUGCUGCUGCUGCUGCUGCUGCUGCUGCUGCUGCUGCUGCUGCUGCUGCUGCUGCUGCUGCUGCUGCUGCUGCUGCUGCUGCUGCUGCUGCUGCUGCUGCUGCUGCUGCUGCUGCUGCUGCUUGUGGGGGCAAUGAGGGAGAGAGGACCGAACAAGCACCGCACGAGAGGCCCGGGAAGGUGACGUUUGAGUUGAGGGAGAGAGGACGCAGCAUUGCAGGUGGGGGCAAUGAGGGAGAGAGGGACGCGAGGGGAGAGGAGCGAGGGAGCAGGAGGUUACAGAGGAGGGGCAGCUGUGGGGAGGUGGAAAUGCGGAGCGGAAUGGGAGAAGGGUCAGAUGAAAGAGGAGAGAGGGAAGGAGUGAGAGAGGGGCGAGGAAGCAGGAGGCUGCAGAGGAGGGGUAGCUGUGGGGAGGCUGAAAUGCGGGAAGGAAGGGAAGGGUCAGAGGAACAACAGGGGAGUAGCAGGAGGCUUCAGAGGAGGGGCAGUUGUGGGGAAGUUGAAAUGCGGAGUGAGGGCAAGCGGAAUGAGGCAGGGCAGGGAGCCCCCUCUGGUGUGAGCAGGGCUCAGGUGCUUGCUCGAGCGGAGAGCUUAAGAGUGAUGCUUAGAGGUGAACGGCCUGGUUCUGCUGCUGCUGCUGAGAAUGGGGCCUGGGCAAAGGAGCUUGGGCGAGUGGAGAGCUUAAGAGUGACGCUUAAGGGUGCAAGGCCUGCUGCUGCUGGUGGUGGGAAUGAGAAUGGGAGCAAGGAAAAUCAGCUAGGACGAGCGGAGAGUUUAAGAGUGACUCUUAAAAGGGCGCGGCCUUCUAGUGCUACUGCUGGUGGGAAUGGGAGCAGGGAGCUUGGACGAGCGGAGAGUUUAAAAGUGACGCUUAAAGGUGCAAGGCCUGCUAGUGCUGGGGUGGAGGAGAGGAGGGUGGUUGAUACUGGGAUGAAAACGCGAGGAGGGGGGAGAGAAGAGGAGGAGGAGAGAAUGGGGGGAAGAGGGGGAGGAGGACCAAGGGGGAGGGGAUAUGGGAGGGGGAGAGGAGGAAGAGAGGGUAGAGGGGGAAGAGGGGAGAGGGAAGUGGAGGGGGGUAGAGGGAGAGGAGGGAGAGGUGGUUGGUGUGAGAGGAGGCAAAUGGCCCGUGCUUUAAACCUUCACAGUGGAAGAGAAGACACCUGCUAUGAUCCAGUAACGGGGGAGGGGGGAGAGUGGGAAGAGGAGGAAGAGUGGUUGAAAGGGGAGUGGGAAGAGGAGGAAGAGUGGUUAAAGGGAGAGUGGGAAGAGGAGGGAGAGUGGGAGGAGGAGGAAGAGUGGUUGAAGGGAGAAUGGUCAGGAGAGGAGUUAGGAGAGGGAACGGGUGUUACAGGGAAUGCUGGCGCAACAGUCAGAAAGCCUAUAGCCGAUACUGCCACAUCUACUCCCCCUUCUCCUCCCCCUGCUCCUCCCCCUGCUCCUCCCCCUGCUCCUCCCCCUGCUCCUCCCUCUGCUCUUUCCUUUCCUCCGUCCCCUGCUCCUCCCCCUGCACUUUCCUUUGUUCCUCCCCCUGCUCCUCUCCUUUCUCCUCCCGGUUUUUCCCCCUCGGCACCUUCGCAUGUCUACACUCCCCAUACUCGAGACUCUCAUCCCCACAUGCUCUCACCAUCUGCCACAGCUGCUCUUCCUUCUGCGGUCCCUGCUACUCCAUCUUUCCCCCCCUCCGCAUCUUCUCCGCAUGUCUACACUCCCACUCCCCAAGCUUCAACUCCCCAUGAAACUCCCAUUGUUACUCCCCCUGCCAUUCGCCCUGCUCCCCCUGCCAUUCGCCCUGCUCCCCCUGCUGUCCGGCCAGCUCCCCUUGCCGUUGCUCCUCCAACUGCCCGUCUACUAGACAAUCAGCCCUCUCCAUCCCUGCGCACCCGUCCCCGGAUUCUACGCAAAAUGGCAUCUCUGGGUGCGGUGCAGAGGGUUUCCGAUGACUUGGGUGCGGUGCAGAGGGUUUCCGAUGACUUGGGUGCGGUGCAGAGGGUUUCGGAUGGUUUGGAUGCCUACCGGUUUGGUGAUCUGUAUGCUGCGCCUGUGGCGCAGUACACACUUGCUUCAAAGCCACCUGCUUCUCUUGCGUUGCCUUCAGUGCACGCACCCGCCUCUGCUUCAGCUACGCAGCAUCAAGUGGAAAUGGAGCAGCAAAAACAGGAAUGGCAGGAGCAAGAGCAAGCGCAGCUACAGGAACAGGUCUAUGAAAACGAGCAGGGGGGCCAACAAAACGGGGCAGUGGCAGAGGUUGCUGCGAAAUGA